AUGGCCGGUCGCGAAUUGAAGGCGCUGUUGAACAGUGGCGAGCAGGGCGCUACCUACACAGCUACGAUCUCGAUCGCUGGCGCCACUGUGGAGCUCCCCCCCGAGCAGAGGAAGUGCUUCUCCGAUGAUAAGCACCCUUUCACCGCGACCUCAUUCGACUUUCUCGCCUGGGAAGUGAGUGACAAGAAGGCCUCCAACGCGGGCAUGUUGCUGCUAUUGCGGCCGGACCACCUGGGGCUUGACGCGACCGCACCCUGGAAAACUCGCUUUGUCCGCGUCUGUCACCCCACUGCCGCGGCUGAACAUCUUGCCGCGGUGGACCAGAUUGUCAAGUACGACAUCUCAUCCUGGAAGGCCCCUUGCGGUCCACUCGCAUGUGGGUUCGCGUUCGACAGAGUUCUCAACGACCUUGACGCGGUUGUUGGACACGAACCGGCUCCUCGCAUCGCCAAGCCGAUUGCUAGGACGCUGACAACAUUGCGGCAGGAUGCGAAACGUGCAGCUGAAGAGCUCGCGUUCAGGUCCCGGUGCGGCAUCGCGGACGGUCAUGGGGGGGAUGCCCACGGCGGUGACCGCGAGAGGUCGCACGAACAACCAGCGGGAUCACACGUUUCCGGUCGUGAUAACGUCGCUCUCAACACAGCUCUUGCGCUCGCGAACACAGGGGAGGGGGACCAGGGGAAACCGGACAAGAAGGAGGAGGGCUCGAGCUCUGACCGCGACGAGGACGCCGCUGUUAACGCGCAGGAGGGUGGGGGUGACGAGAAAGCAGAGGAGGAGGCCGACGAGGGCGAGGGACACGGUCGCGAUCAAGGGGAUGCCGCGGAGGAUGACCAGCGCGGUGAUUUGGAGUUGGAGGACUCGGAUGAGAUGGAGGACGAGGACGACGAAGAGGAAGAGGAAGAGGAAGAGGAGGAGGAGGUGCAGGAAGUUGCGGCCAACAAUGCCGGGCGGGCUGCGGCCGCGGUAGCGGGUGCAGGGAAGAGUAUUCGCGGUCUGCAGGCUGUGCUGUCCCCCCGCCCCGGGAGCGCGACCCCAUCGGGCGAGUGCGCGGGCAAGAGUCCGGUCUUGGGCAAGCGGAAACACUCGGAGCUGGUGAAGAUGGCUCCUGAGAAGCUGGCCGCGGAGAUCCUCCGUUUGAACCAGCAGCUGGAAAAUCAGAAGCGCAAGCUGGACGAGGUCGCGUCCGCGGUGCCCGGUGCUGAAUUCGCGGUGGUGAUCACGCAGAAGUACGAGGAACUCGAGUCCACGGUGGAGAAGGUGCUAACCCACGUGCAGAACACGGACCGGGUGAUUCGCAGGGAAGCCAAGCUGGCCGCGAAGGCCAGGUCGGAGAAUCGCGACAUGCGGGAGAUGCUGAAACGCGCUGCGGUCCGACUGGAAGAUUGCGCGGGGAGCAUGAAGGGGGUGGUUGUGGACUCCAUGGAGAACGCCCAGAAGAAGCUCACGGGCGAGGUCGCGCGGAAGAUCGACGGCGCGUCAUCCAACAUCGCGGGUACCGCCGAGAAAGCGAUCACAAAUAGUGGUGUCACGAGCUCCCUCAACAUCAUCAUCGCGAUGCUUUCCGGGCGGGCGGCACCCCCACAGGUCCCGGUUGGAACGCAUGGGCAGGUGGUGGACGAGGUCGCGGAGAAGGAGGGUGGGAAGAAGGCCGCGGACAAGGAGAUUGGGAAGAAGGCCGCGGACAAGGAGACAGGGAAGAAGGUCGCGGACAAGGAGACAGGGAAGAGGGUCGCGGACAAGGAGACAGGUAAGUGUGAGAGCAGCAGGGGUGGGAAGCGCCAGAAAGGGGUCGCGAUCCAUUCCGUCAUCGACAUCCUUAAGACUAAAGGGGGCGCGGUCGUCGAUCGAGUUCCGGGAAGCACCAGGGGGGCUGCUGCUGAUGCUGGACCACCGCCUGCGACCUCGGGUGUGGAAGCUGGUAAAGGCAAGGCCAAGGUCGAGGACGCCCCGCCCGCCUCCACCACCACCCCAACCGCCAUCACCACCGCGAUUGUGCCCGCGUCAGGCAACACCGCCGCGGUCGCGCCAGGACAGCCGGGACCCAGCUCUAUCGCCCCUGCCAUCCCCCCCUCUGCAGAUGUGAAGGCGAAGAAUCAGGGCCGCAGUGGUUGUAAGCCUCCUGCAGCCGCGGUGAAGACUGAACGCGACGACGACGAUGACUCUGACGCGGACGAUGAGGUUGAGAUGGUGCUGCAGAGGUUGUGCGGGCCAAGCGACACCAGCGGCGCAGGCGGCAAGCGCAAGGGCUGUGGGAUCCGCCCUCUGCCCAGGGGUGGGGAGGGGAUGGUGGGCGAACCGUGGCUGGGGGGGAGACGUCGCUGGCUCGGACAUCACUCUCUCCAAGAGGUGCAGUACCUGACCGCGAUCGCGGUGAUGUGUUACGCCAAGAAGAUAGACCCCGGGCUCAAGCUGACUGCGCAGCAGAAGAGUGAGUGGGCCGAGGACAUCUCCGCGGCCGGGACGAUGUGCACCGGGCUUUUCACCACCAUGCACCUCCGCAACCUUUGCGGCAAUGUUGACAGGUACCACCACAUGUUCAAAACAUACCGCGACCUCACCCGCCGCGGGUCCCCGAUCAGCAACGCGAUAGCCUGGGCAGCCGCGGUGGGGAAGGAGGCUGCAGAUGAGGAGCCCGAUGUCACCGGCGCCCAAGUGGGCCUGUUCGCUGGUGCGGUCGCGUGCGCCGUCGCGAUGGUGUGGGAGACCUGCAACGGCAGCGAAAUCGAGUCUGUCGCGGAUGCUGGAUACUCCGCGGCGCAGCUUGCUGGCACGCCAGAGGAAAUGGCCCGCGGUCACGCCACGAUCGUGACCGCGGUUUUCAAGUGGGCCAGGAAGGAGAAUGCUCGCGUGCAAGCCCCUGAGGUCACACCAAAGCAGAUCGCGGAGAAGAUUGAGACCGCGGUCGUGAACCGUCUCGGUGCGCGACUUGGCGACCCCACAGUAGUCGCUAUGGUCGCGCACGAGGCAGUAGACGUGCUGAUGUCCUGGUGCGACUGCAAGAUCGCGGCCAAGGCGAUGGAGGCCAACGGGCUCUACCUCGCUUUGCCAGAGAAGCGGCUGUCCGCGAAGAAGAGGUCCGGGUGA